AUGCAGGAAAUCUUAACGACACCGAUAAUCUCGGCUGGCAGCCGGUCCUUAACGGCCACCCAGGACUGGCCCUCCGCUACAGGCCAAGCUUUGAGCUCAGGCCAUCAGCUCUCAAAGCCCUCAGUCAUCCCACCUCCUGUGAAGCCCAGAGGUUCGAAUCCCAAGAGUGAUGUAUAUCUGAUGCGCAGGAUCAUUGCCGAAGAUGCUGAGUGGUCACUGGCCAUUGUUCCUCUGCUCACAGAGCUCUGUAUUCAGCACAUUGUCAAGAACUUCCAGAACAACCCUAUCCUGAAGCAACUGCUUCCAGAGCACCAACAGAAGGUCCUGAACCUCCUGUCCCCUGACUUGCCGCUGUCUGUGACUGCCAACCUGAUCGAAGAUGAGAGCUACUGGAACCGCUGCUGCGUGCAGCGCUGGCCCGUGUGCCACGUGGAGGACUAUGGCGGCCGCUGGAAGCGCAUGUUCUUCGAGCGGCACCUAGAGAACCUGCUAAAGCACUUCAUCCCAGGCACCACGGACCCCGCCGUGAUCCUCGACCUGCUGCCGCUCUGCAGGAACUAUGUGCGCAGGAUACGUGUGGAUCAGUUCCUUCCUCCCGUGCGGCUACCGCUCCCACCGCGGAAAGGGGAUCAGUCCGACUCUGGCAGUGAGGGAGAGAUGGAGGAGCCUGCCACGGACCACUACCAACUGGGUGACCUGGUGGCUGGCCUGAGCCAGCUGGAGGAGCUGGACCUGGUGUAUGGUGUCAAGGACUGUGGCAUGAACUUCGAGUGGAACCUAUUCCUCUUCACCUACCGCGACUGCCACUCCUUGGCGGCCACUGUCAAGGCAUGCAACACCCUCAAGAUCUUCAGGCUGACCCGCAGCAAGGUGGAUGAUGAUAAGGCACGCAUCCUAAUUCGCAGCCUCCUGGACCACCCAGCACUCGAGGAGCUGGACCUGUCGCACAAUCUCAUUGGGGACCGUGGUGUGCGUGCUGCUGCCAAGCUGAUGAGCCACAGUCGCCUGCGUGUGCUCAACCUGGCCAACAACCAGGUGCGUGCACCUGGUGCACAGUCGCUGGCUCACGCCCUGGCACACAACACCAACCUCCUUUCCCUCAACCUGCGCCUCAACUGCAUUGAGGAUGAGGGUGGCCAAGCACUUGCUCAUGCCUUGCAGACCAACAAGUGCCUCACCACACUGCACCUUGGUGGCAAUGAGUUGUCUGAACCUACGGCCACACUGCUCUCCCAGGUGCUGUCCGUCAACACCACGCUCACCAGCAUCAACCUGUCCUGCAACCACAUAGGACUGGACGGUGGGAAGCAGCUCUUGGAAGGCAUGUCAGACAACAGGACCCUCCUGGAGUUCGACUUGCGCCUGUCUGAUGUAGCACAGGAGAGCGAGUACCUUAUUGGCCAGGCUCUCUGUGCCAACCGUGAAGCAGCCCGCCAGCGGGCCUUGAAUCCCAGCCACUUCAUGUCACCACUCAUUGCCAAGGGACCUGAGAACCCUGUGGGAUAG